CAGAGAACCGAGAAGAUCUAACCGUGAUGCUACACUCAACAGCUAUGAUUGGCCUAUUUUUGGGCCUGGUACUAGUAACACUGGUCCAUACCGCUCCCGUGGAGGUUGUCUAUACGGGCGAGAGCUGUGCCUGCCCCACCCAGUUGGGUUAUCAACUGAAUGUGCCCAAUCCAGCCAAGCCCAAGAAGUAUGUAGGUGGCGAGUAUGGCUAUCGAGUGGAGAAACCCGUUCAGGCCAAGGCCAAAAUUAGCUACAGUUUUGACUUCACAGUGGAGCAGCCCAGGACACCGGCUCCACCCAAGAACAAUCCAUCUAAUCUGUAUGCCAAGGUGGACAGGAUCACCGUUAACAAGUCUGAUUGCCAGGCCAAGGAUAAGACAACCUGCGGCUGCUCGAGUUGCUCCGGUCAAAAACCCAGGUACGUAGCUCCAUCGGUCAGGUCACCGAAUGCCAUUCGUCGACGCAGGGAUCUCCGACCACCUGGUUCCCUGCUCCGCCGGCGGCUCAUGCGCCAACAGCAGCUCCAGGAGCGUCCUCCACGCUUUGUUAAACUCUACCACAAGGAUUUGACUCCUGCCCAGCAGAAGCAGCAGAUCAAACUCUUUGGCUUGAUCCCCGUGGAGUCCCCACAGCCAGUUGCUGCCGCACCAAAAACGAAGCGAAAGACCAAGAAAGCCCAACCAAGUUGGUUGGGUUUAAAGCGUCGUUUGAAAAAGCGUGAUAUCAAGGGGGAGUACGAUCUUCUCGAGCAAGAACGUUCCCAAAUAGAUCUGACUGCUCCAGAGAUCAUUCAAUUCAUGCCGGAAACCCUUAAUCCAGAUUUUAAACCCGGCCAAUGCCACAUGGGUUGCGGAGCCGUUACAGCAGAUGCACCGCCACCAGAAGAGCCACUCCCCAAAGUGGAGCAAGUGCCUCAAACGAUGCAAUCUGAGCAAGCAGAGCCACCAGAACAACAGAACUCAAUUCCGUCCAAGAGAGCCGCCUAUGGUUACUAUCCCCUGCAGAUUCCCUCACCACUAAGUCGUCAAGAGGACUACAAAUUCGUGGAUGACUCACAGUUGAGGAGCCUCUUGUCCACCACUUCUGUGCCAGAUCCCCAGGAGUACAGCUCCACGCCACUACAAUUUGCUGGAGACUUGGAAUCGGUCACACGAAGAUCCUAUGGACCACCACUUUUAGGUCUCGGUGGUGGCUACCCAGUGGAACACGUUUCCGACUCUCAACUGGAUAGCAUUAUCUCUGGGAUCGUUUACAAUCAUCCGGUCUACGAUCAUUACUCCACAGAGGGCAGUCUAGUGGAUCCGGAACCCGUACAAAAACAGCAAACCACAGAUUUCCUCAAGAAACUCAUCGAUGGCCGCCUGGGCGGUUGGGGUUUUGAUCAGAACUCUGAACCGGAACAUAGUCUGCGGGAGGAUUACUCCAGACAACCGGCCAAAACCUAUGGCUACAAUAGUCACACCCAGAAUGGCUACAGUGUGGACACGUACAGUGCGCCACCCAUAACGGAUUAUCUGAGGGCCUGGUUCUAGAUCCCCUAAGUCCUAAUUCCCUUAUAAAACCUAGCUUUAGUACUCAAAAGAAAAAAAAAAAACAAACUUAAACCAAAAAAACAGAAUAUAAUAAAUUGAAAAAAUA